AUGAAGUCUUCCGAGGAAGCAAAAGCUCCGUUUGCUGAAUCAGAGAGCUUUCAGCAGCUGGCACAAGAGAAGCAUAAACUGUUUGUCAUGCGGGCAGAGUUGGCACCUGCCUUCGUUUCACAGCAUCCAGAUGCACCAGCGCCAAUCAUUUCAUGCCAGUCUGAAGGGCCAAGGAAUGAGUUUGAGGGUUUGGAAUGCCACUCUAGCAGCCAUGGAGCCCACCUCUGUUCAGAGAGAAGCCCCAGCAUAGAAUAUUACCGCCACACUCUCAACCGCCCACCUUUCACGUACGCCGCCCUUAUACGCUGGGCCAUCUUACAAUCUCCUAAGAAGCAGCUCAACCUGAGUGAGAUUUAUUGCUGGUUUAACAACUUUGGCUACUUCAGGCACAACACAACCACCUGGAAGAAUGCCAUUCGACACAACCUGAGCUUGCACAAGUGCUUUGUGCGUGUGGAGGAUGUGAAAGGAGCCAUGUGGACGGUGGACGAGUUUGAGUACCAGAAGAAAAGGAACCAGCGUUACUCCACUUAUUCACACCCAUAUCUGGACAGCCAAGGAGCAGCAGGGUCUUCCGCAACCCGAGAGAGAUUGAGCCAGCCAAGAACAGAAAGGCGCAUCCACCACAGGCUGGAGUCCUCUCCGCACUUUUUGUUUCCCCAGGGACCAUGAGCUGAAAGAUCACAGUGCAGACUUUCCCCUGCAGAAGGCCUGGCAGCGAGUGUG